AUGUCUACCCAGUUCCUUGCUAAGACAUCGAGUGAAAUAGAGCUUUUUCAAGGCUAUCCGUCGUUUGAUCAAUUGACGAGGGACAAUGCCGAACAGGUGCGCGUAUCACUUUUAUCUCCCUGUGGCAGAUUUAUGGCUUUAGCCACCACCGAUGCAGUGAGCGUGUACACUAAUGAGGAAUUUACCAAUUUACUGAUUUCCUUCCCUCUGAAAGACGUUUAUGAUUUGCAUUUUUCUCCUUCUGGGAAUUUUUUGAGUACUUGGGAAAGGCCGUCGCUAUCAGAACCGGAACACAAGAACGUGAAGAUCUGGUACUUGAAUGUCGAAGCGCCUUCCUCGGAACCAAAGUUUGCGUACCAAGCUAAGGUUCAAAAUGGAUGGGCUUUACAAUUCAGCAAGCUUGAUGACUACGCUGCGAAACAGUUCGGAAAAGAAGUGAGACUUGUGAAGCUUGACAAUGAGGAUACUGAAUUUAACUUCAAUAAGCCAUACACCAGACUAGUACCAGAGCAGCCCAUCUCCAACUAUCUGAUAUCGCCUGCAGAGCAUCCCACCAUCUGUACUUUCUCCCCCGAGAAAGGUGGUAAACCUGCUAUCCUAGCCAUUUACUCCAUCACUGAGGAGGGUACGAUUACCAAAAAAAUCGCAUCCAAGACCUUUUUCAAAGCUGAUUCAUGCCAACUUAAGUGGAAUCCUUUGGGUAAUGCUGUUUUAUGUCUAGCGAUCACAGAUUUCGACUCCUCGAACAAGUCGUACUAUGGUGAAAAUACACUUUACUUACUGUCAUUCCAGGGAGUCAAUGGUGCGUUAGGUGGUAAAUCAGUACGUGUACCUUUGUCUCAAGAAGGUCCAAUUCAUGAUUUCACCUGGUCGCCAACAUCUAGGCAAUUUGGUGUGAUCUUCGGAUAUAUGCCUGCCACGAUCACUUUCUUUGAUGUUAGGGGUAACAUCGUACAUACACUUGCUGAGCAACCAAAAAAUACGAUGUUGUUCUCUCCUUCGGGUAGAUAUAUUUUGAUUGCAGGGUUCGGUAAUUUACAAGGUUCUGUGGAGAUCUUAGAUCGUCAUGACAAAUUCAAGUGCAUUUCCAAAUUUGACGCCGCCAAUACUUCCGUAUGCAAAUGGUCUCCCGGUGGUGAAUUCAUCUUAACAGCGACUACUUCUCCACGCCUCAGAGUUGAUAAUGGCUUAAAGAUUUGGCACGUUACUGGUACUUUAUGUUACGUUAAAGAGUAUAAGGAGUUGUUGAAGGUCGACUGGAGGCAUCCAUUCCCAUACAAGACAGGCAGAAGCCAUGUGAUCAAGGAUAUGCACAACAAAGAUGAGGAAACCAUUGAUCCAAAAUUGAGCAAACAGCAACUUGAAGUUCACCAAACCGCUGUUGAAUACAAUUUGAAGCAUCAAAAGAAGAGCAGUUCGAGCAACGGUUCUGCCAGUAAGCCCGUUGGUGCAUACAGACCCCCUCAUGCUAGAAGAGCUGGUGUCUCAUCCACAGUUCCUGGAAUGGCAUCGAAACCUGUACAAAGAGUUGUCCCAGGUAUGGCGCCAGCUAGCAACACUAUCCCAGGCAUGGCAAGCAAGGAAUCCAAAACAGCAUCUAAAAACAAGAAAAAGAGAGAAAAUAAGAAAAAAGACGCUGCCACAGAAAACCAAUCAUCUCCUACUCCUACACCAAUUGACAACGACGGUCCAAAACCCAACAAGGAAGCCUCUCCUGAGGAGAAGAAAAUACGUUCUCUCCUAAAAAAGCUAAGGGCUAUCGAAGCUCUCAAGCAAAGGCUUGAAUCAGGUGACAAAUUGGAGGACACACAAAUUUUGAAGAUUCAGUCUGAGGACAAAGUGCUAAAGGAACUGGAGUUCUUAGGUUGGAAAGAUGAAAAUGCAUAG